UGGUAAAAAGUUUCGGACACGUGGGUUGAGUACAGGGCUGCCUGCACUGGUCAGGAGGUCUGCAUACUACACUGUACUACACCAUAUCAUCUUAUAGUACAGUAUACUGAGCUGUCAGCUUCAUCUCACACCAACUCGCCCAGUCACUGAGCACCUGGAAGGAUCAUGUCAGUCUUGCGAUUCUACAGGAGGGCAGACGGUGAAGGUGGGCGGAGCCUGCAGAGGGUCAAACAGCUCUAUCCACAGGUCACCAUAACCACUGAACUCUGCUACAAUGUGGAAGUGAAUGGUGCUGACUGUGUGAGUGGGGAGCAGAAGGAUAUCCUGCGCUGGUUAUUUACUCCUCCUCAGUCUUCAGGGCUGUCUGAUGAGCCCACUCUCAGAGCGUCGAUGCCAGGAGAGAGCCUGGUGGAGAUUGGCCCCAGGCUGAACUUCUCCACUGCAUGGUCCACAAAUGCCGUGUCCAUCUGCCAGAGUGCAGGCCUGAGUCAGGUGACCAGGGUUGAGCUGUCUCGCAGGCACUUCAUCAAGGAUGAGCUGGAUACGCUGAGGAAAGAUGAAGAGAUGGAGAAGUUAAUCAGCCUCUUGUACGAUAGCAUGACUGAGUGUAUCUACCCCUAUCCCAUCACAUCUUUCUUUGUGGACGUCCGGCCUCAGGAAGUGUUUGAGGUUGACAUUUUAGGAAAAGGUCGUGCUGCGUUGGAGAGGGCCAACGAUGAGCUUGGACUAGCUUUUGACUCCUGGGAUCUGGACUACUACACAGCAUUGUUCCAGAGGGUGAAGAGAAACCCAACCAGUGUUGAAUGCUUUGACCUGGCACAGUCCAACAGUGAGCACAGUCGCCACUGGUUCUUCCGAGGCCGGAUGGUGAUUGACGGACAGGAGCAGAAGGACACUCUUUUCAGCCUCAUUAUGGGCACCCAGCAGCACAGCAAUCAGAACAAUGUCAUCAAGUUCUCCGAUAACAGCAGUGGUAUUAAAGGCAUGGAGCUGGAGUGCAUGCUCCCCACUGACCCUGCGCAGGCCAGCUGCUACAAGACCAGACACACCACCAGACACGUCAUCUUCACUGCAGAAACACACAACUUCCCCACAGGUGUCGCUCCUUUUAGCGGUGCUACUACAGGUACUGGCGGGCGAAUCAGAGACGUACAGAGCGCAGGCCGAGGUGGACACGUGAUUGCAGGGACUGCUGGGUACUGCUUUGGUAACCUCCAUAUCCCAGGUUUUGCCCUUCCAUGGGAGGAGGGUGGUUGGGAGUACCCUUCCAGCUUUGCCCCUCCUUUGCAGGUGGCUAUUGAAGCCAGUGAUGGAGCUUCAGACUACGGAAACAAGUUUGGAGAGCCAGUGCUGGCAGGCUUUGCCCGGUCCUUUGGAAUGCGCUUGGCCAAUGGUGAGCGUCGAGAAUGGAUUAAGCCAAUAAUGUUCAGCGGUGGACUGGGCUCCAUUGAGGAUGAGCAUGUAAAGAAAGAGGAGGCAAAGUCAGGUAUGGAGGUGGUGAAAAUAGGAGGCCCUGUGUAUAGGAUUGGUGUAGGGGGAGGGGCUGCGUCCUCUAUACAGGUACAGGGUGAUAACUCCAGCGAUCGUGAUUUGGGUGCGGUUCAAAGAGGAGAUGCUGAGAUGGAGCAGAAGAUGAAUCGGGCUCUAAGGGCAUGUCUGGAGAGAGCUGCAGGAAACCCCAUUUGCAGUAUUCAUGACCAGGGUGCAGGAGGCAAUGGAAAUGUGUUGAAAGAGCUGAGUGAGCCCACUGGAGCUGUCAUCUACACCAGCAAAUUUAAAAGAGGUGAUCCCACCCUCAGUGUUUUGGAGUUGUGGGGGGCUGAGUAUCAGGAGAGUAAUGCUCUGUUGCUCCGCCCAUCUGACCGGAGUUUUCUGGAGAGAGUGUGUCAGAGGGAGAAAUGCCCUGUUGACUUUGUGGGUCACAUCACAGGUGAUAGUAAGAUUGUUCUUGUGGAUGACAUCUCUAGCUCUGGCAAUGCCAUGAUUGGUGGGCGGAACCCUGUGGAUUUGGAACUUGAUUGGGUAUUGGGAAAGAUGCCUCAGAAGGAGUUCAGGCUGGACUGUGUGCCUUCUUGUCUGCAGCCUCUCUCUCUCCCUCCAGGACUUUUGGUUUUGCCUGCUCUCGAGAGAGUUCUUAGACUGCCCGCUGUGGCCAGCAAACGCUACCUCACCAACAAGGUGGAUCGCUCUGUGACGGGAUUGGUGGCACAGCAGCAGUGUGUAGGACCCCUCCACACCCCACUGGCUGAUGUGGCUGUGGUUGCUCUAUCACCCUUCAGCCUCCAGGGUGCUGCAACAGCAAUUGGGGAGCAGCCAAUUAAAGGCCUUGUUUCCCCGGAGGUUGGAGCUCGAAUGGCUGUGGGCGAGGCCCUCACCAAUCUAGUGUUUGCACGUGUCACUGCUCUCAAGGAUAUAAAGUGCAGCGGCAACUGGAUGUGGGCGGCGAAGUUGCCAGGUGAAGGGGCGUGUCUGUGGGAGGCGUGUCAGGCUAUGUGCAAGGUCAUGGGUCAGUUGGGCGUUGCUGUCGAUGGCGGAAAGGACUCCCUCAGCAUGGCUGCUCGUGUUGGUGGAGAAACCGUCAAAGCACCAGGUUCUUUGGUCAUCUCUGUGUAUGCUGUGUGUCCUGAUAUCACUGCUACUGUCACGCCUGACCUGGAUGACCCAGAGGGCAAAGGUGUAUUGCUGUAUAUUCCUGUGAGUGUGGGUAAAUACAGGCUGGGUGGCUCUGCUCUUGCUCAGUGUUAUGGUCAGCUGGGAGAUUGCAGUCCAGACCUGGAUCAUCCUGACCUUCUCUCAGCCUGCUUCACCACCACCCAGACACUCAUCGAAGAUCGUCUGCUGAGUGCAGGGCAUGAUGUCAGCGAUGGAGGACUCAUUACCUGUCUGCUGGAGAUGGCCUUUGCAGGAAAUCGUGGGAUAGAAGUUGACUUGCCUUUUGAUGGAGUUGAAGUGAUGGAGGCUUUGUUCUCGGAGGAGCUGGGUCUGGUGUUGGAGGUGUGUGAGAGUGAUGUGGAAAGUGUGUGUCAGCGGUACACACGCGCUGGGCUGUGCUGCUACAAGAUUGGCACCACCUGUGGCUUCGGACCUGACUCUAUGGUCAAGGUGAGCCUGUGUGGACAGGAAGUGCUGCAUGAGCGUCUUCCCACUCUCAGGGCAUUAUGGGAGAGCACAAGCUUCCAACUGGAAUGUCUGCAGGCCAAUCCACUGUGCGUACAGCAGGAAGAGCAGGGGCUCUCCAACCGCACCCAGCCAUACCUCAAACUGACAUUUGACCCUGCUAAAACACAGAUAGCAAAAGACCUAGCUGUGGGCAAGCCUCGUGUUGCAGUCAUCCGUGAGGAAGGCAGCAAUGGCGAUCGAGAGAUGUCUGUCUCUCUGUAUAUGGCUGGAUUCGAGGUGUGGGAUGUCACGAUGCAGGACCUGUGCUCCGGCUCCACAACCCUUGACCCAUUCCGAGCUGUUGUGUUUGUAGGCGGCUUCAGUUACGCUGAUGUGCUGGGAUCAGCCAAAGGCUGGGCGGCUACUGUCACCUUUAACCCCAAUGCCCGGGAGGAGUUUGAGCGUUUCCGGCGUCGUAAUGACACACUUAGUCUAGGGGUGUGUAAUGGCUGCCAGCUCCUGGCUCUGCUAGGUUGGGUGGGUGGAGCACAGGAUGGAGGCUCUGAGGUGGCCUUGACCCAUAAUAAGUCAGGUCGGUUUGAGUCCCGCUUUGUGAGUGUCGGCAUUCUGCCUUCUCCAGCCAUUAUGCUGAAGGGCAUGGAGGGUUCUGCCCUGGGUGUGUGGGUUGCCCAUGGAGAAGGUCUGAUGCAGUUCCGCUCCCCUGAAGCACAGCAGAAGCUGAUCAGUGCAUCUCUGGCACCACUGCGCUACGUGGAUGACUCCGGAGCCCCCACUGAGACCUACCCCAUGAACCCAAACGGCUCUGCCCUGGGCAUAGCAGGUAUCUGCUCGCCUGACGGGCGCCACCUGGCCAUGAUGCCCCACCCAGAGCGCACGGUGCUGGGCUGGCAGUGGGCCUGGGCACCUGCACCUCUCAGAGCCUCACUGCGUGCCUCGCCUUGGCUCCGCAUGUUCCACAAUGCCGCUGUGUGGUGUCAGAGCGAGGGGUCGUCAUCAUAGUGAUUAUGGAUAUUUUUUCACUGCACUGUUACAUCUGUGAAAGCAUCCUGAAAGAAAGUGAUUAUUUGUAUGGAGGAUUGAGAAGAGUUAGAUUUACAUAGUUAUGUAAAAGGCUAAACCUAAAAAAAAAAUUAAUACAAACAUGGGUAACAAGAGUCAAACUGAAGAUGGCUGCAUUCCAAGUAAAACACUAGAUAUUUGGCAGAUGGCUGCAUUCCAAGUAAAACACUAGAUAUUUGGCAAUCUAACUAAGAUAUUUAGCUAACUUGUGUCCUCAAAAUUGUGUUAAAGAAAUGCUCUUACAUGACCGCAAAGGCCAGGGAGCAAAAUUGGCCGUGCUCUCUGGGUGAGAGGGGUGGCAUACGCUCUCUACCCUGUCAAUCACAGCAAUACUAGCCAAUCAUAGGCAUCUGUGGGCUCAUGUAUGCGGAAGAAGGUAGACAGUGCUUUCCUCCAAGUGUGUUACGCUGUCCUGUGACGUGGCAUGAUCAGCAGUGGCUGUACUAGUAGUUAGCUUCACGUGUCUUGGAGGAAGCAUGUGUUAGCUUUCACCCUCCCUGGGUGGUAGUUGUUGUAUGAUAGGGAAGAGCUUGCUGGUGGAUGGGAAUUGACAGGUCAUGAAAAUGAGGUGAAAUAAAUAAGAAUUAAAAAAAAAAGAAAGAAAGAAAUGAUUUUGUGGCUACUGUGA